GGUACGUUGGUGAGGGUAUGGAGGAAGGUGAGUUCAGUGAAGCCCGUGAGGACCUUGCUGCUCUUGAAAAGGAUUACGAGGAGGUUGGUGCUGAAUUGGAAGAUGAAGAUGGUGGCGAUGAAGGAGACGAGUACUGAUUGAAUACAUUGUGGUGUGUGAUGUGUUUGUCUUGGUUGUUUGUUAUUUGAUGGAUUUCUGUUGCACUCCUAGCAAUGAAUAUUACUUGUUGUGGUCUUCUAAACUGAAUUGUGCUGUUAUGGAAAUCAAAAUAUGUUCGUUUGACUGUUA